AUGGCAGACCUCUCGACGUGCCGUCCCCUCACGCGGGACUCAGUCAUGGAGGCUCACAAGAUCGUGGCACCGCACGUGCAUCGAACUCCCAUCAUGACGAGCCGGACGCUCUCGCGGAUGGCCUCUCAGGCCCGGACCGAGGACGAGCUCCAGGGCACCCGGUUCGAGGGCAGGGUGCCGGCACGGCCGCGGAUUCGGCUGUGGUUCAAGUGCGAGAACCUGCAGCGGGUGGGCGCCUUCAAGGUUCGGGGCGCCUUCCACGCCGUCCAGAGACUGACGGAGGAGGACGACUGGCUGGCGAAUGGCGGUCGGGAGAGAGGCGUGGUGACGCACAGCUCCGGCAACCACGCGCAGGCGCUGGCACUCGCGGCCAAGGAGCACGGCAUCAAGGCACACAUCGUCAUGCCCGCCGUUUCCCUGCCGCCCAAGAUUGCCGCCACGCGAGGCUACGGUGCACAAAUCGUCUUCAGCGGCAGCACGAGCUCCGAGCGCGAGGCUGCGGCUGCCAAGGUCGUCGCCGAGACGGGUGCCCGCCUCGUGCCGCCCUACGAUCACCCCGACAUCAUGCUCGGCCAGGGCACCAUGGGCAUCGAGCUGCAGGAGCAGGUGGAGGAGGCCAAGAGCAAGGUCGACGACGGUGACGGUGGCAAGGGCGGGGACAGGCCGGAAACGAAGUUUGGGUCGGCGUCGAAGGGGCUCGACGCCAUCAUGACGCCGUGCGGCGGCGGCGGCAUGCUCUCGGGCGUCGCGCUGUCCUGCGAGGGCACGGGAAUCCGCGUCUUCGGCGCCGAGCCAACCUACGAGGGCGCCGACGACGGCAAGAGGGGCUACUACGCGGGCGAGCGCGUCCGGUACGUGUCGACGAUGACGGUCGCCGACGGGCUGCGGACGCCGGUCGGGGUGCACCCCUGGAAGGUCAUCUACGAGCGCCGGCUGGUGUCGGGCAUGUACAGCGUGACCGAGGACGAGAUCAUGGCCGCGAUGCGCCUUCUUCUCGAGCGCUGCAAGAUGGUGGUCGAGCCGAGCGCAUGCGUGCCCCUGGCCGUCGUCCUGUUCGACGAGGAGUUCCGAGCCAUGGUCGAGAAGGAGGCGGGCUCGGACGGCUGGGAUCUGGGGCUCGUCCUGAGCGGCGGGAACGUGAACUUGGAGGCGAUGGGAGCCAUGUUCAGGGCAAAGAGCGUCAACUCGCAGCCGAUGGCGAGCCUGUUCGGGGCCAUGAGCUGA